AUGUCUUUUGGCGGCGGCGGUGGCUUUGGGGGCUUCGGCUCCUCAAGCAACACCAAUAGCAACAACACCUUCGGUGGAUUUGGUGCUAACAACAACAACAACUCAGGCUUCGGUUCAAACAAUACCAACAGCCCCUUCGGUCAAUCCAACACUGGCGGAAGCCUCUUCGGUGGUGGCAACAACAAUAAUACCAGCUCCCCAUUUGGAGGCGGCGGAGGCGGCUUCGGAAGCAACACGAACACCUCUUUUGGCUCAAAACCAUUUGGAUCAACCAACACUGGCAAUCUGUUCGGUGGAGCUAGCUCUGGAUCAACCUUUGGAGGGUUUGGAUCAAACAACAAUACCACAAACACCUCCACGGGCUUCGGAAGCAAUACCACGAACACUGGGCUCUUUGGUCAGAACAAGACCGGAUUCAACUCUACUGGUACUGGCACCGGGACCCUAUUCGGUGGUGGAAAUACUGGCACCGGUGGCUUCGGUUCGAACAAUACAACCGGUGGUUUCGGGUCCACAUCUACAAAUGCUUUCGGUGCAGGAAACACAGCCAACACUAACAAUGGCACGGCCGGCACCCCCUUCACUGCUUUUCAAGAGAAGGACGGGACCGCGGCUGGUGGAACUCAACAUUACCAAACAAUCACUUUCCAGCAGCCUUAUCAGAACUUCUCCCUAGAGGAACUGAGAGUUGUCGACUACAAUCAGGGAAGACGCUAUGGUAACCAGAAUGGUCAAGCCGGUGCAUUUGGUCAGAAUACCGGCUUUGGCGGCUUUGGAAACAACACCAACACCAAUACAUCCGGUGGUUUCGGAGCCAACAACAACUCUACGGGAUUGUUUGGUGGUGGAAACACGAACACAACCUCAGCUUUUGGCCAAAAUAAUACAACCACCUUUGGCAGCUCGAACAAUACCACCGGAGGCGGACUGUUUGGACAGAACAAGCCCGCCACCGGCAUGUUCGGCUCUACAUCUACAUCGCAAGCCAAUACCGGUGGAUCCAUAUUCGGAGGGGCUACGUCCAAUACGACAGGCGGCUUUGGUACGGGAGGCGGAGGUUUCGGUUCGAACACCACUAAUACCAACACUGGAGGAGGGCUGUUUGGCGGUCAAAACCAAACCCAGGCCAAGCCAGCUUUCGGGGGUUUUGGCUCCAACAAUACAACCAACACAAACCCCUUUGGUGGCGGCACUACAACUACUGGCUUCGGGCAAUCCACGAACAACACAGGGGGAGGUCUUUUCGGGCAACAGAACCAAACGUCAUCUGCGCCAGCAUUCGGCUCUGCGCAGACAACUACUACUGGCACUGGCACUGGCUUGUUUGGCGGAGGCGGUGGCAAUAGUCUCUUUGGUGGUCAGAACAAUCAGCAAAACCAACAAAAGCCGGGUCUCUUUGGCGCCUCUACUACAACGAACACAGCAACGGGUGGGGGUUUAUUUGGUGCCCAGAACAACCAAACCACGACCCAGGGAAGUAGCCUUUUCGGUGGAGCGGCCAACAACGCAACUGGCGGGGGAUUGUUCAACAACCAAGCAAAUCAGACUCAACAGCAAUCAGGAUUGUUUGGAAACACAGCUAAUAACGCUGCCGCUGGAGGAGGUUUGUUCGGCAACAAAUCAGCUACAACAGGAACGAAUCCCUUUGGAGGGGCCACUGCAAACACUGGGACAACUGGUGGAAGUCUGUUCGGUGGCCUGAAUACACAAAAUAACCAGCAGCCUGCAGCAGGGUCGUCUUUGUUCGGCAACCAAAAUCAGCAGAAGCCUGGUGGAUUGUUCGGUACUAGUACCACGAACACAACUGGUGGAGGCCUCUUUGGCAGCAUGAAUCAGAACAACAACAAUCAAGCCCUUGGAAAUUCGAUGUUCUCAAACUCAAAUCAACAAGGCCAACAGCCUGCCAACAAUAGCCUCUUUGGUGCUUCUGGGGGCUCAUUGCUACAGACUUCUAUCAACACCAACCCAUAUGGAAACGAUAAUCUGUUUGCCGGCCUCGCUACGCCAACACAAAGCCCUGGUCCCCUCGCCACGCCGUUGUCAAGCAGCCAGAAGAACCGGAAGAGUGCAGUGCUUCCUCAGCACAAGAUCAACCCGUCUGCCUCAACGCGCCUUCUCACCCCCCAGAAUAAGCGAAUUGGCGGAGGAGGUUUUGGCUUCUCUUACUCUACGUAUGGAACUCCCAACAGUGCAUCUAGUCAAAUUAGCCCAGGUUAUUCCAAUGGAUUCCUUGGCAACAGUGUCUCGCGCACACUUGGCAAGAGCCUGUCUACUAGCAAUCUUCGUAACAGCUUCACCCCGGAGACCAGUAUCCUUGCGCCCGGUGCAUUCUCAGGUAACGGCCGUCCGUAUGCGGGAGGAAGCCUUAAACGCCUGAACAUCAACCGAUCCAUCAACCGUGUGCCUCUCUUCGACGAGCCUUCCUCUGACAAGAAGCGGGUCACCUUUGAGCCCAAUGGCACGAACGGAACUGCUACAAAUGGCGUCACCGGAACGGAAAUCGUGGUCCACCCUGACUCUGAACGCUCUUCGGGAGAACCCACUCCCUCCAACUCUUCCGCAACCGUGAACGGGACUACAGAUCAUAUUUCCAACGGAACCCCAGAGAUGGAAGAGGUGAACGGCAAGGCAUUGACGACUGUUCCUGAGAACCGAACGCUCCCCCCUCGCACCCAGAGCGCUCAGCCUGCACCGGUUGCUGAUCCUAAACCGGGAGAGUAUUGGUCCAAGCCUAGCAUGACCGAGCUGCGCAGGAUGAACCGUGAUCAGUUGUCUCGCGUUGAGGAUUUCACUAUUGGCCGCCACCAGAUUGGACAGAUCGUUUUCAACCCUGGAAAGACCGUCGAUCUCUCCGCCGUCGAUCUCGACAAGCUCUUCGGUGAUAUUGUUCAGUUGAACACCCGUAACGCUACAGUGUAUGGAGAGACCACGACUGUGCCCAAGCCCGCCCGAGGCUCAGGCCUAAACCACUUCUCUCGAAUCACCCUGGCGAACUCCUGGCCUCGCAAUCGGGUUGGAAAGAAGGACGUGAAGCACCUAGAGCGCCUGAAGCGUGUCGGUGGCACAACUUUCGAGGACUACCGCCCUUCAACUGGAGAGUGGGUUUUCACCGUUCCCCAUUUCAGUUCCUACGGACUGGAUUAUGAUGGAGAUCUCUACAGCAGUGACGAGGACGAUGGUACUAGUCCACUCAGUGCAGUCCCAGACACACCAGUGCAGCCAAGUUCCGAACGCAUGACUGCUACGCCUCAGAAUGACUCACCUGCUAGCUUCACCCAGUCUAGCCCUGAUGAUACUUUUGAUUUCAAGAAAGGCAAACGGUCUCGUGCAAGUGUCCCUGGCGGGUUCGGUGACGAAGUACCCUACGAAGAAGACGACGAGGAUGAUGUAGAUGCAACAAUGGACUCUACUUCCGAGUCUUUUUUAGGUGAGCGCUCCGUGGGUUCACUUGACGGUCAGCAAGAUGCCGACUACGUUGAAGAGAGUGAAUCCGAAUCGGUGGAAGAUCAGGACAUGGCAGGCUCCUUUUCUGUACCGGUUCAUACCACGGAGCCAGUGCCCGCUAAACAAUCGGAUCCCUUCAAGGAUUCGGUCAUGCCAAAAUCAAUCCUUAAGAACAGCCAGAUACUUCGACCUACCCUUGGAACGCCCUCCAAGGGGCCAUUGGUCUUUGAUGAUGAUUGGGCGAGUCAACUUCAACGCACCAUCAGCCCAAAGAAACAGGAUCGGCAAGCACUAAGACAAAAUCAAGGCGAAGUCCUACGUGAACAGGACGAAAAUACCUUGAAGCUUAGUCAGUCCGCCAAACAAUCGAUCAUUCCAACACACAUGGAGUUACUCGGAGGAUUGUGGGAAGGAACAGAUAAAUUCGGAUCAAAGCGGGGUGGACAUGGCAUCGAGUUACCGUAUUCUAAACGACCCAAAACAUCUCGCGACCUCGAUGAGCUGAGCGCAGACGACCGAGACUUUCACUCUUGCAACAAACCCCAUUUCAAUGGAUCCGGCUCUCUUGUCUACGCUGCCAAGGGCUCAACAUCGCUCGAGGAUAACAUUUUCCCGACUAUCUUAGAGCCAAUCGUGGGCGCCACACUGGAUAUUCGGGCUACCAAGCUUCCUUCUUUCCCCGAUUCAGUCACGGACACAUUGAAGCUGCAGAAGGAGCGGACGAAGGUCACUCUGUUGGACAAUGUCCCAUAUGCCAGGCUCAGCACGGCAAAUGCCCCGUUAGACUUCGCUGAGCUAGCGCAGGCCAUGAUCACUGAUUCCCCGGCAAGUUCGCAUGAACAUAAAGCCUGGCAGUUAUUGUCCAUCCUCUUCGAUGAGGACGAUCGUCAGCCCACCGACAUGACGCCAGAAGUGUUUAAGGAACACCGUGAACAAUUCAGGAAGGAAAAACUCUCCGACUUUUGGCAGUCCAUCGUCUUUACCGAUGCGGAGAGGCAUGCGCAAGAAGCCAACUCUGCCGAAGAAAAGGCCAUUGCAUAUCUCAGCGGUCACAAUGUCCCGGACGCCUGUCAUGCCCUACUCACUGGCUACGAUUUACGACUCGCUACGAUGGUAGCUCAAAUUGGUGGUGACCAGGUUACACGUGCCACAAUGAGCACCCAGAUCGACGAAUGGCGUCGUCUGGACGUUCUCUCCGAUAUGGAUGACACAGUUCGUGCCCUCUACGAACUUGUUUCAGGCAAUUGCGCUCAGUCCAAAGGGAAGAUUGGAGGUGGUCGCGAGAACAAAUUGGCAGCACUAAGCAUCGCCAAACAUUUCAAUCUGGAUUGGCGGCGCGCGUUUGGCCUUCGUCUGUGGUACGGCAUCCUGGCUGACGAGCCAAUCGAAUUGGCAGUAGCACAGUACGCCGACGCGCUUCGUGACGGUUUGGAGGAAGUGAAACCUGUGCCUUGGUUUGUUGAGCAGGAUGCACCUAUGACUUGGAACGAUAAGGAUGCUGCCGAUCGCGAGGACAUCUUAUGGGGUAUUCUCAAGUUAUAUGCAUCUUCAAAACUCGAAUUAGCCGCCAAUAUUGAAGAUGUGUUGGCGCCACAGAAUGUCUCUGGCCAUCCGCUUAAUGCCCGCUUUUCGUUCCAGCUUUUCCAGCUCUUCAAAUCCCGCCACGACGACGUCGAUGAAUGGACGGAUCGUAGGGUCAGCAUGCCUACCGAUCGCCUCGUCGAUGGUGUUCGUUCGUCGUUCAUGUCUUCAAUUGCCUCUGUCAACGAGAAGGAUACGCAAGCCAAAGAUCCAUUGACUGAGGUCAGCGACCAACUUACUCUCACCUACGCCUCGUCUUUGCAUACCCCCGAGCAUUGGACGACUGCUAUUUUCGUCUACUGUCAUCUUUCAUCCAGCCCUAUGCGCGAGCAUUACAUCCGCUCAAUGUUGAACCAGUACUCGAACACUUACGCAGUAGCCGAGACCGAUUCUACCUACAGAUACCUCGUAGAUGAACUUUGUCUCUCACCUCAGUGGAUCCAUGCAGCUGCAGCACUGCAAGCGAAGAUCAAAGGCGAUGGGGUGCAGCAGGCCAGCCACCUCAUCAAGGCUGGUGAGCUUGAAGAAGCUCACGAGGUUGUUUGCCGUAGCGUUGGCCCAGAGUCGAUCAUUUCCCGCGAUUAUGACUCUCUUCGCGAAUUACUAGGUGAAUUCGUGCCCACGCCGCCCAGCAGCCCUAUUGACGAUAACAUGUCUAUGUCAACCCGUGGCCGCGCCUCGUACCAGAAGGAGCCGGUCCAAGGCUGGGCUCGAGGAGGACAGUUGUACUUUGACUACAUCCACCUACUCGACCUUACGAGCAAUCAAUCGAGCUAUCGCAUUGACGAGGAACUUAAUGCCGAGAUAGGUGCUCUUUUAACCAAGCUCUGUCGCUCCUUGGAAGGAGUGGCAAGAGAUCACUGGGAGGGUAGCGGACUUGAGGAGCGUGUCGCUCUCACAGAAAUUGGUGGAGUAGUUGCAGGUUUGAUCGCGAAGAACCAGCCUACUCAGCGAGAACGCAUCCUCAAACUGCCACUAACGGAGGACUUGUGGCUCAAACAUUCCACCGAUCUGAGUGUCUCUUAUUACCGUAAUGUCAUAAGCGCGGCCGUUGGAAGAUGA